AAAAAGCUUCGACGCGGGAAGACGACGAAGACGACCGCUGCGUUGGUGAAGAAAGCUUCGAACUUUGCCUUUCUCCGAUUCUAAAACUCUCGUCUUCUUGAUGACGAGCGACGCAUUCUUCGGUUCUUGAUGCUGCAAUCUCGCCGCCGCCGCCGCAGAAGAUGACCGCCCCCGCCGUCGGACAUGUCCGUCCGCGCCGUCGACUCCCUCGUGUCCCUCCUCUCCGCGGCCGUGUCGGCCCGCUCCCCUCUCCUCGGCCGAGCCGCGCACGCCCGCGUCGUCAGGACCCUUGGCCACCCGCUUCCCGCUCUGGUCUGCGACCACCUCACCCACAUGUACUCCAAGCUGAACCUCCCGCGCUCGGCCCAGCUCGUCCUCCGGCUCAACCCGACUCGCUCCGUCGUCUCCUGGACCUCGCUGAUCUCUGGGUCUGUCCAGAACGGCCACUUCAGCUUCUCCCUGCUCAUGUUCGUCGGCAUGCUGAGGGAGCGCAUCCGGCCUAAUGAUUUCACCUUCCCCUGCGUGUUCAAGGCCUCUGGCGGUCUCUGUAUGCCCGUUACUGGGAAGCAGAUUCAUGGGAUUGCCAUUAAGGUCGGUGAACUUGUUGAUGUGUUCGUCGGGUGCAGUGCCUUUGAUAUGUACUGUAAAACGGGGCUAAAAGAUGAUGCGAGGAAGCUGUUCGACGAAAUGCCCCAGAAGAGCAGAGUAGCCUGGAAUACGUAUAUUUCUAAUGCGGUGCUCGACGGAAGGCCCCAGGAUGGUAUUAGCGCAUUUAUUAAGUUUAGGAGAGUGGGUGGUGUUCCUGAUUAUAUAACACUGUGCGCAUUUCUCAAUGCCUGUUCGGACACGGCAAAUUUAGAGCUUGGUCACCAGCUCCAUGGGUAUAUUUUUAGAAGUGGAUUUUUGGUGGACGUCUCUGUAGCAAAUGGAUUGGUCGAUUUCUAUGGGAAAUGUGGGGAGGUUAGUUGUUCUGAGAUGGUGUUUGACGAAAUUCACGAGCCAAAUGACGUUUCUUGGUGCUCACUAACGUCUACAUUAGUGCAGAAUCAUGAGCAAGAAAAGGCUUGCAUUACUUUCUUAAUGGCUAGGAAAGAAGGGAUUCGGCCAACAGAUUUCUUGGUAUCCUCUGUGCUCCAUGCCUGUGCUGGCUUAGCAUGGCUUGAGCUUGGUAGGUCAGUUCAUGCACUUGCCAUGAAGGCAUGCGUGAUGGGAAAUAUUUUCGUGGGCACUGCAUUGGUUGACAUGUAUGGAAAAUGUGGAUGUAUUGAGGAUGCGGAAGGGGCCUUCUAUGACAUGCCACAAAGAAAUCUGAUUACUUGGAAUUCGUUGAUCGGUGGUUAUGCACAUCAAGGGCUUGCCGAUAUGGCUGUAGCUGUGUUUGAGAAAAUGCUGUCGAGUUGCAGUGAGAUUAUACCAAAUAAUGUGACCUUUGUGUGUCUAUUGGCAGCUUGCAGUCGAGCAGGAUAUGUAGAGGUCGGUAUGGAUAUCUUCGCAUCAAUGAGAAGAAGAUAUGCAAUUGAACCUGGGCCGGAGCAUUACACAUGUAUUGUGGACCUGCUAGGGCGGGCUGGGAUGUUAGAGCGGGCAUAUGACUUUAUCAUGAAAAUGCCAUUUCGACCCACGAUAUCAAUAUGGGGAGCUCUCUUAGGGGCCUGUAGGAUCCACAGGAAUCCAGAACUUGGUAGAAUUGCAGCUGAAAACUUAUUUCAACUUGAUCCAAAAGACUCCGGCAAUUUCGUGGUCCUUUCAAAUUCAUUUGCAGCUGCUGGAAGAUGGGAAGAAGCCUCCAGUGUGAGGAAGGAGAUAAAAGACAUAGGCCUGAAAAAAGGUACUGGGUGCAGCUGGAUCACUGUGAAGAAUGAAGUCCAUAUUUUCCAAGCGAAGGAUACCUCUCAUGAAAGGAACUCCGAGAUUCACACGACUUUGUCGGAGUUAAAGAGGGACAUGGAAGAGGCUGGCUACAUAGCCGACCCGACUUACGCGCUGUAUGAUUUGGAAGAGGAGGAGAAAGUCUCAGAAGUGUGGCUGCACAGCGAGAAAAUUGCCCUGGCCUUUGGCCUCAUUUCUAUUCCCCCAAUCGUUCCGAUCAGGAUCACAAAGAACCUUAGAAUGUGUGGAGACUGUCAUGGCGCUUUCAAAUUCAUCUCGCGAAUUACUGGGAGGGAAAUCAUUGUGAGAGACAAUGCCCGGUUUCACCGGUUCCAGGAUGGCCGCUGUUCUUGUAAAGAUUUUUGGUAAUCAUCAUUCUUUUUUAACGAGUCCUGCAACAAGUUUAAUGAAUAUGAUUAUUUCUCA